CGACACCCCUUGGUGUUUCGGGUCCAUUGACUCCAAACUUGAAAAGUGGGUCUAAGCUGGGCGGAUUCACACCAUUCCCACGUUGGGCUGCCGAGCAAAGAGGAAGGCGUUACAGUAUUCUCUUCUGGCACCGAGGAAGUCUCGUUCUACAGAUAAAUUGUUCAUUUUUUGAAGAACCUGAACAAAGUGACCUGUCUCUUUUCUCAGACGAAAUUUGUUCAAGAAUACCUUUCAUGAUGAUGUCGUCCUGGAUGUCCUGGAAAUUUGUCGUCAUGUUCUUUGCGACACUUGUAUCAUCUGGCUUUUGCCAAGACUGUUCUUCGGAUCCUUGUCUAGAGAAUGCUCCUUGUGUCAAUGCUACUUUGGGGUACUACUGUCAAUGUCCAGUUGCUCCUGUUCCAUCGCAACCUGAAAAGGAAAAUGUUUACUCUGGACAGAACUGUAAUGAAUCAUUUAUUGGGGUCGCUGGAUGCAAUAUCAAUUACUACGACAGUGAAGGGAAUAUCACGAGUCCCGGUUACCCUAAUGAUUACCCAAAUCGUCAGGAUUGCUACUCUCAUCUGAAAAUCGCAGAUGCAACACAAAUCACGCUCAUCCUAGAGGAAUUCGAUUUAGAAUCACCGCUCAAGGACACCCUCAUUUUUGGAAAAGGUCCCCAAUCUAUGAAGUAG